GGGUUGAUGAGGGCGACGGGGCAGCACAAUCGAUAGCGUUGCCGUAGCGGGGGGAGUAGCAGCUCGGAUGUUGACGUCGAGCGUGUCGAUGGACAGUACCCAGCAGGAGCAGGUCCAGGAUCGAGCCCUUCUGCCGACCACAAGCUCAAACUCUGCAGCCACGAUUGCCAGCACCACGAGCAGCACCGCCACGAUCAGCGAUGAGCCGCGCGUCGAAGUCUCCAUCGUCGGCAGCCCGGAGGUUUUCGGAGGACAAGAAGCUGUAGCCGUGACAAAGUCUUCAUCAUCUCCUGACCACGAGGAGAGACAUAUCGAAAGGUGUGACGUCGCAGCCUCACCGUCGGAUCCACGUCCACCGAAGAAGCGGUACACAGGCUCCGAUGCAGGGAGUGUCGACAUUCCGCCAGCCGAAUCACCGAGUGGAGCGCAGCUUCCGCGAGCUGCUCCUCCGCCAUCAGCAUUCUGUGAUGCUCGUCAAGUGCCGACGGGAGAACAAUUCCUCCAGUUAUUAUAUAACUGGCAAUGGGUCGAAAUAGACAACACACAAUUGCCGUCAGUCAUGAGAGGAGGCGAACGAUUCCUAGCUGUACAUAUGGUUCAGCUCAAAUUGCUCAGUAAAUUCCCUCCUGCCAUACCUGCAGAGAUAAUCUCACGAUUCACUAUGGUCUCACACAAAAUGAGCACUGUUGAAGCAUGGCAGUUCAACGCUAUCAAUGCCAUCAAACGAAAGUUCGACCUCGGCUGUCAGUUAUUUACUACACAAGAUGAAGUAGUAAGGCUCAAUGAUGUGCAGAUGUUCUAUUGGAAUGUGAAAGCUUUGAACCUUAGCCGUAUAAUCCAGCAGUACGACGCGGAGCUUCAAAACACCAAUGGCAACCUUACACUCAUUGCUACCAUUCAAUCGCUCAAGAAUCAUGUAGAGGCUGACUUGGAGCGUGUGCGGAAAGAACUGCGUGCUCUGACUGAGCAACAUCAGGCAGCGGCGCAGCAAGCAUCGGUAACACCUACGGGUGGUGCUGGUUCGAACAAUCUGAUCACCAUUGACGACCAUCAUCACCACGUCUCCAAUGGAACUAUGAUCACCUCAUCACUCGCGGAAACGCAGCAAAAAGACAUCAAUGUUUAUUCAUGAUCAGAACAAAUUUAUCAAAAUAAACAACAAUCUU